GCUCGCGCUCGGCCGGGCGCCCGGCGACCUCGCGGACGUCCCCUCCCGCGGAGAGAGCGGCCGGCCGCGCGCGCCGCCAGCACCUGCCCGGGCCCCUCGCCGCCGCCGGAGCCCCCAUGCCCCGCGCCGCCCCCCGGUGGCCGCCGCUGCUGUUCCUGCUCCUGCUGCGGCCGCUCGCGCUCGGCGCCCCGGCCGCGCCCGGCGCCCGGCGGCGGGCCUCGGAGCCGGUGGGGGGACCCACGCGGUUGCCGGGCAGCGCGGGCGAGCUCGCGCUCCACCUGUCCGCCUUCGGCCGGGGCUUCGUGCUGCGCCUGGCGCCCGACGCCAGCUUCCUGGCGCCCGAGUUCAAGAUCGAGCGCCUCGGGGGCUCGGGCCGAGCGGCCGGGGGCGAGCGGGCGCUGCGCGGCUGCUUCUUCUCGGGCACGGUGAAUGGGGAGCCCGAGUCGCUGGCGGCCGUCAGCCUGUGCCGCGGGCUGAGCGGCUCCUUCCUGCUGGACGGCGAGGGCUUCACCAUCCGGCCGCAGGGCGCGGGGCGCUCCCUGCGCCAGCCGCACCGCCUGCAGCGCUGGGAGCCCGGGGCCCGCCGCGGGACCCCCGGGCUCGCCGCCGCCUCCGAGGCCCACGCCCUCCCUCGAGCACCCGAGUGGGAGGUGGAGACGGGAGCGGGUCUGAGGCAGGAGAGAGGAGGCCAAGGGCAGGAGGAGGAGGAGGAGGAGGCGGGCAAGGAAGAGGAGGCAGAAAGCGCCAGCGAGCUGCCCCCGCCCUUGGGGGCCACGAGUAGGACCAAGCGGUUUGUGUCUGAGGCUCGCUUCGUGGAAACGCUGCUGGUGGCCGAUGCGUCGAUGGCUGCCUUCUACGGAGACGACCUGCAGAACCACAUCCUGACGCUGAUGUCUGUGGCGGCCAGCAUCUACAAACAUCCCAGCAUCGGCAACGCCAUCAACCUGAUGGUGGUCAAAGUGCUGAUAGUGGAGGAUGAGAAACAGGGCCCGGAAGUGUCCGACAACGGCGGGCUCACGCUUCGCAACUUCUGCAGCUGGCAACGGCAUUUCAACCAGCCCAGUGACCGGCAUCCUGAGCACUUCGACACUGCCAUUCUGCUCACCAGACAGAACUUCUGUGGGAAGGAAGGGCUCUGUGACACCCUGGGUGUGGCAGACAUUGGCACCAUCUGCGACCCCAACAAGAGCUGCUCCGUGAUCGAGGAUGAGGGGCUCCAGGCGGCCUACACUCUAGCCCACGAGCUGGGGCACGUGCUCAGCAUGCCCCAUGACGACUCCAAGCCCUGUACCAGGCUCUUCGGGCCCAUGGGCAAGCACCACAUGAUGGCGCCCCUCUUCGUCCACCUAAACAAGACCCUGCCCUGGUCUCCCUGCAGUGCCAUGUACCUCACAGAGCUCCUGGACGGUGGGCAUGGAGACUGUCUCCUAGAUGCCCCCACCUCAGCCCUGCCCCUCCCGACAGACCUCCCAGGCCGUAGGGCCCUCUACGAGCUGGACCGACAGUGCAAGCAGAUCUUUGGGCUGGGUUUCCGCCACUGCCCCAACACUUCUGUGCAGGACAUCUGCGCCCAACUCUGGUGCCACAUGGAUGGCGCUGAGCCCCUUUGCCACACAAAGAAUGGCAGCCUGCCCUGGGCUGAUGGGACGCCCUGUGGGCCUGGGCACCUCUGCUGGGAUGGCAGCUGUCUGCCUGAGGAGGACGUGGAGAGACCAAAGGCUAUGGUGGAUGGAAGCUGGGCCCCAUGGGGACCCUGGGGAGAAUGUUCUCGGACCUGUGGAGGAGGAGUGCAGUUUUCACACCGCGAGUGCAAGGACCCUGAGCCUCAGAAUGGAGGAAGGUACUGCCUGGGUCGGAGAGCCAAGUACCAGUCGUGCCACACGGAGGAAUGUCCCCCUGACGGGAAGAGCUUCAGGGAGCAGCAAUGUGAGAAAUAUAAUGCCUACAAUUACACUGACAUGGAUGGGAACCUCCUGCAGUGGGUCCCCAAGUACACGGGAGUGUCCCCCCGGGACCGCUGCAAGUUGUUCUGCCGAGCCCGGGGGAGGAGUGAGUUCAAAGUGUUCGAGGCCAAGGUGAUCGAUGGCACCCUAUGUGGGCCGGAGACUCUAGCCAUCUGUGUCCGAGGCCAGUGUGUCAAGGCUGGCUGUGACCACGUGGUGGACUCACCUAGGAGGCUGGACAAAUGUGGGGUGUGUGGGGGCAAAGGCAACUCAUGCAGGAAGGUGUCCGGUUCUCUCAGCCCCUCCAGUUAUGGCUACAACGACAUCGUCACCAUCCCAGCUGGUGCCACUAACAUUGAUGUGAAACAACGGAGCCACCCAGGGGUCCAGAAUGAUGGCAACUACCUGGCAUUGAAGACGGCUGAUGGGCAGUACCUGCUCAAUGGCAACCUCGCCAUUUCUGCCAUAGAACAGGACAUCUUGGUGAAGGGGACCAUCCUUAAGUACAGCGGUUCCAUUGCCACCCUGGAGCGGCUACAGAGCUUCCGGCCCCUGCCCGAGCCUCUGACCGUGCAGCUCCUGACAGUCCCUGGUGAAGUCUUUCCCCCCAAAGUCAAAUAUACCUUCUUUGUUCCGAACGACAUGAACUUCAGCAUACAGAACAGCAAAGAGAGAGCAACCACUAACGUCAUCCAGCCCCUGCUCAAUGCGCAGUGGGUCCUGGGGGACUGGUCUGAGUGCUCGAGCAGCUGUGGAGCCGGCUGGCAGCGGCGGACUGUGGAGUGCCAGGAUGCCAGUGGCCAGGCCUCCGCUGCCUGCAGCAAAGCUUUGAAACCUGAGGAUGCCAAGCCCUGUGGAAGCCAGCCGUGCUCCCCAUGAUCCCAUCUUGUGCUCAUAGACUCGGGGUGCUGGGGUGCAGACAAGGGUCCCCAUAGUGGGACCUAGGGAGAUGGUAUGGCCUACCCAGGCCUCCCAUUGCCACAGCCCCUCCAAUUUGGCAUGCACUCAUAGCAGGGAGGAAAAGAGAGGAUACGGAUGACAGAUCCCAAAGUCAACUACCUAGUGGACUGGACCUUGCUUGAGUUAAAGGGUAGAAACUGCACUUAUUGACCCAAACAGGAGACUCAGUCAGCCCAUCUGCAAAAAGGACUGGCAGUGUUAAAUGAAAAAUAAUUUUCUAUUUGGUUUCUACCUCAAAGGGGACAAAAUUAGGAAAAGAGUAGCAUGGCAUGGGGGGUGGAUGAUGAAAGUUAAAGCAAGAUCCAUAACUGCAUCCCAAGCUCUCUUGAGAAUGGAUUGUGCCUCUCAUCAGUAUCCAAGUCCAUCUCCUAAGGGGCUGUGGAGCUCCAGGAUUACGGAAAGCCAUGUGCUCUCGGGCUUCCACCAGCAAGGUGGAUCCAUUUCAAGUAUUUAUGCAAAUGUGUCUCUGAACUAAAGUGUGAUCUUGUGCCAAAGCA